CUCUACUCACGAGUCAAAUAGGAAGCGUCGGCAGCUUGGAAUUUUCUAUACAAUCUUUUUGAGACAGAAAGUGAGUGAUGAGUGCGUAGGAUAAGCAGAAAGUGGUGUGUUUGGGUGUCACUCAUGGGGAAAAAUUACUUCUUCUGAGGGGCUCUCGGCUACAAAACUGCGCCAAGUUUUGAAAUUUUGGCGGUGCAUUUUAGCGAAGGGAAGAGAAAGGUGAAGCAGGUGGCGGAGGGGAUGAAGAUUGGUUAUUGCUUAGUGGUGGUGGUGUUGUUCAUGGUCCCUCUGUGCUAUGCCACCAGAUUGAGUGGCGUCUCUUCCCAGAAGCUUGAGGUUAAGAAGCAAUUGAACCGUUUAAACAAGCCUUUCCUCAAGUCCAUCAAGAGCCCAGAUGGGGAUACAAUUGACUGUGUACAUAUCUCCCACCAGCCAGCUUUUGAUCACCCUUCCCUCAAAAACCAUACAGUUCAGAUGAGGCCAAAUUAUCAUCCAGAAGGGCUGCUUGAUGAUAACAAAGUGUCCAAUUCAAAAUCCCAAAAUGAUGGGUCAAAACCAAUUGCUCAGUUAUGGAACUUGAAUGGAAGGUGCCCAGAAGGAACCAUUCCUAUCAGAAGAACAAAGAGAGAGGAUAUCCUCAGAGCAAGCUCUGUCGAGAGUUUUGGAAAGAAGAAGAAUUCUAGUGUCCCUAAACCAAAGUCUGCUGGACCUGACUUCAUCAGUCAAUAUGGCCAUCAGCAUGCAAUAGCUUAUGUUGAAGGAGAUAAUUACUAUGGAGCAAAGGCAACCAUUAAUGUAUGGACUCCCAGAGUACAGCAACCCAAUGAAUUCAGCUUGUCUCAGCUAUGGAUCUUGGGAGGCUCUUUUGCUUAUGACCUCAACAGUAUUGAAGCUGGCUGGCAGGUAAGCCCAGACUUGUAUGGAGACGACAACGCUAGACUUUUUACCUAUUGGACAAGUGAUGCUUAUCAAGCCACGGGUUGCUACAACUUGCUGUGCUCAGGCUUUGUUCAAAUCAAUAAUGAAAUAGCUCUGGGGGCCAGCAUCUUCCCUGUUUCUGGAUAUCGUCAAUCCCAAUAUGAUAUCAGCAUACUUGUCUGGAAGGACCCAACAGAGGGUAACUGGUGGAUGCAGUUUGGGAAUGACUAUGUUUUGGGUUAUUGGCCAGCAUUUUUGUUCUCAAACUUAGUAGACAGUGCUUCAAUGAUUGAAUGGGGAGGAGAGGUGGUGAACUCAGAGUCUGAAGGGCAACACACCACCACCCAAAUGGGCAGUGGCCAUUUUCCUGAAGAAGGGUUUGGGAAGUCCAGUUAUUUCAGGAAUAUUCAGAUAGUAGAUGGGUCCAACAACUUGAGGGCUCCCAAGGACAUUGCCACUUUUACUGAGGAAUCAAAUUGCUAUGAUGUUCAGGUUGGAAAGAAUGGUGGUUGGGGUAACUACUUUUACUAUGGUGGACCAGGUAGGAACUCUAAUUGUCCAUGACCAAAUUCAUAAGAUUUCCACAAUCACAAUACAUAUGUGUUUGUGUGUGUGUGUGUGUG